UAUAAUUAGUUUGGCAUAUUACUACAUAAUAUGUUAUAUAAAGUAUUUAAUGUAUUGGUGUAGCACAUAACACUUUUUAAAUCCUACAUUGAUUAAAUACUAGAAUUACGGGUUAUAUGUCUAAUUUUAUUUAUUUGCAAUUAUUUGUGACCCACUCGUUCUCUGAUAAGUAAAAACACAACAAAAUACCAAAUAAUUGAGAGUGGUGAAACUCAGGAACAGUCCAAGCAACUUGUGUCAUUUUAGAUCAAGGCUUAGAAUUCCAUCGUGGUCCCUUCAUGGUGUGAUGUGCUUCAAGAAAAGAGGAAACAGGAAGCCCGUCAAAAGGAUGUCCUCUCUUAUGGAGCUGAAGGAAGUCUUCCAAAACGCUGAUGCCGUCUGCUUUGAUGUGGACAGCACGGUCAUCAAAGAGGAAGGCAUCGACGAGCUGGCGAAAUUCUGCGGCGUCGGAGACGCAGUGGCCGAAAUGACUCGAAGAGCGAUGGGUGGCACUGUAACGUUCAAGGCUGCUUUGACUGCCCGGCUAGGCCUCAUCCGCCCCUCCUAUGAACAAGUGCAGAAAUUGAUAUCGGAGCAUCCGCCCCAGUUAACACCGGGAAUAAGGGAACUAGUCAACCGGCUCCACCAGCGAGGUGUCCAGGUCUUCUUAAUCUCCGGGGGGUUUCAGAGCAUCGUGGAACACGUGGCUUUGCAGCUCAACAUCCCAACAGCAAACGUCUUUGCCAACAGGUUGAAGUUCUACUUCAAUGGAGAAUACGCCGGUUUUGAUGAGACGCAGCCAACUGCUGAGUCGGGUGGCAAAGGACAAGUCAUUAGUUACCUGAAGGAGCAGUUUCAGUUUAAGAAGGUGGUGAUGAUUGGAGACGGAGCAACAGAUAUGGAAGCCUGCCCACCUGCAGACUGUUUCAUAGGCUUUGGAGGCAAUGUUGUGCGGAAACAGGUCAAGGAGAAAGCCAAGUGGUACAUCACCCAUUUUGACGAAUUGCUGAAAGAACUAGAGGAACGAUAAAUUAUGAACUAGGCUUAUUUUAUUAACACGUAUUGUAGCUAGAUGUAUAACUAUGCAAUUAAACAUAUUAUUAUUGUUGUUUGCAAA